CUACAACCCCACCAAAGAACGCCCCGCAUUCCCCACCCCCACCAUGCUGACCACGACCAUAGUCUCGGCAUGGAUCUCGGACGUGUCCUCCGCACUGCGGUCCGACUUCCGGGCGCCAACUGCCAGGAAACGCGCACGUGUUCCAGCGACCGCGCCCGAUCAGGCAGGCCGGAAGCGCCGCCGCCUCACGCAGCAGCCUCUGAUGACGCCGGGGAAGCGCAAGAGCAAAGACGUUGAUGAAGCGGAGUUGGAUGAUGUUGAUCAGACGGCGCGGCCGCCGCGUGUGGGUGCUGUUUCUGUGCAGUCGCCUAUUCAGACUGUGCAUCAAGCGCCGUUCUUUUUCCCGUUCACCUAUCGCUAUCGCGCUAAAUUGGAGGGGGCCGAUCAGUUUGCGGCAGAAAGAAAAGGACACGAUGAUUGCGAUGCCUCAACUAGCGCUUCUGGGUCUGGCGAUUCUUCCGAAGCAGGAGGACCUACGAGGAAGCGCAGUGCCAACCCAGUUGAAAACAUGUCUGAUUUGCAGCUUGUGGAUGGAGGAUUUCGGUAUGUUGAGAUGCAGGACGUUAAUGUCCUUGGCGAUGCAGCAGCCAAGUUGUAUAAAGAGCUGAAUGCACUUGGAAUGGGCGUCGGUGUGCUGCCUCGAUCGAUCCGGAUGGAGCUUGAAGAAGCUUCUGGUGGUCUACACACAUUCUUCGACCAUCAGUUUCGCGCUGAGCGGGCUGAGGAAAAUGGAAACAGACUCCUCGUGGAGCUUUCAGCCGUGACUUCAAUUCGUGAGGAGUCUUGUCGUUGUGUAGAAGAGCACGAAGCGGCGACGAACUGGAACAGUAAUGUCCAUCAAAAGGUCCUUGAGCUGGCGCUGAGUGGUGAGCGAGAAGUCAGGCCUCUUUACAUCACAUCAGCGAAGAUCUCCCCUCACCUUCUCCCCGGCAACCUCCGCGGCACCUUCCUCGACGCCAAAAUGGUCAACUACGCCCUCUGCCUCUGUUCCGGCCCAGGCUCCACUCUCGAACACGCCAUCAGCAAGCAUCUCACAGCCGACCACCAAGGCAACGCCUCCCAAAGGCACAGCUCUGUUAACCAGACCACCUACACCGCUUUGCGACGGCGGCCUGCCGGCGUCAGUAUUGUGACCAAAUCCCAGGACGGCGGCGAAGAGGCCGCGAAAGUCCAGCUGGCAGUGUGGGCGGCGGCAUGGUUUACGAGGAUGAAAGAGCUUGGCACGGAGGAAGAGGGUAUGCCGGUUUUGCCGGUCCUGUAUGUGCAGGGCGCCGAGUGGUGGCUGCUGUGGGCGCGGUGUGUGGGGGGAGGUGUGACACUGUAUGGGAAGAUGUACCUAGGCAGCACGACCUCGCUGCUCGGGUGCUAUAGCGUGCUGACGGCACUCCGGCGGCUUGGAGAAUGGGUGCGGGUUGAGUUCAAGGCCUGGGUUGAGGGUGCGAUGGAAACCGGCGCAGCGCAAGCCGCUGAGAGUGAGAAGCAGCCAGCACUGCUGGUGGAACAGCCGUAGGUGGAUCAUGGCGUAUGCGAUGUCGUAGAGGUCUGGGAACUUGUUUGCGACGGUAUCGGUAUUGGUGGCGCGCUGUGCGGGUUCGCGGUUGUGGAUGAUUGUGCUGCGUGGUUGUGGCCGUCGGGACUGGGGCGCUGGGGCAUGCGAUGGUGGGUGUUGGCGGGGCUGGGGGUUGAAGAUGAGGGUGAAGAUGCUGUGGCGGAGGCUGCUUGACGAGCUGGCUAGCAUCGGGAGGAAUGGCGUGGUGGGUUGGAGUGUUUGCUUCGGGCUGGGGCGGCGUCUUUGACUUCAAGCGUGCGGCAAAGAGGUCGACUUGACAUACGAACAAAGCAAAAAGAAAAAAGAAUCGCGAU